AUGAUCAGCCGUAACUUCAAGAAUGUGUUGGUGGUCUCUGUGGGGUUUCUGUCUCUGUUCACGGCUUACGGAGGCCUGCAGAGUUUACAGAGCAGUCUGAAUGCAGAGCAGGGGAUGGGUGUGGCGUCUCUGAGCGUCAUCUACGCCUCCAUCAUCAUCUCCUCCAUGUUCCUGCCUCCCAUCAUGAUCAAAAAUCUGGGUUGUAAAUGGACCAUCGUUGCGGGCAUGGCCUGCUACGUCUCCUACUCCUUUGGAAACCUCUACCCUGGAUGGUACACCCUCAUCCCCACCUCAGUGAUCCUCGGUUUGGGUGGCUCCCCCCUGUGGUCGGCUAAGUGCACCUACCUGACCAUCUCCGGGAACGUGCAGGCUGCCAGGGAUGGCAAGAGAGGAUCUGAUGUCAUCAACCAGUACUUUGGCAUCUUCUUUUUCAUCUUCCAGUCGUCCGCCGUGUGGGGAAACCUCAUGUCGUCGCUCAUCUUUGGACAAGACACCGACAUAGCUUUCAUCCCAGAUGAGCAGCUGAAGUCUUGUGGAGCGGCUGAGUGCAACCUCGAUAUGAGCAUCAACGGCACGACCAUCAGACCUGCUCAGAAACUGGUGUGGACACUCGUCGGAUGUUACAUCGGUGUGGGUGUGCUUGCCAUGCUCAUCGUGGCGGUGUUUCUGGACAACAUUGACCGGGAGCAGUCCACUCAGUUUCGUGGGAACCCGGAGCCGUUCUGGCACACCUUCCUGGCCACGUUCAGACUGCUGAAGGACUGGAGGCUGGUGACCCUCAUCCCUCUCACCAUGUACAGCGGCUUCGAACAGAGCUUCCUCUCUGGGGAGUACACCAAGAACUAUGUGACGUGUGCUUUGGGGAUCCAUUUCGUCGGCUAUGUGAUGAUGUGCUUUGGAGCCACUAAUUCUCUUUGCUCCUUCCUCUUUGGGAGACUCGCUCGGUACACCGGGAGAGCCGCACUCUUCUUCUUGGCUGCACUGGCCAACUUUGCCUGUAUCAUAGCUCUCUUGUACUGGAGGCCUCAUCCUGACGACAUGCCUGUCUUCUUUGUGUUUCCUGCUCUGUGGGGUUUGUCGGACGCUAUCUGGCAAACUCAGACCAACGCUCUUUACGGCAUCCUCUUCCCGCGGGACAAAGAGGCAGCAUUUGCCAACUACCGUAUGUGGGAGUCACUCGGUUUCGUUAUCGCCUUCGCCUACAGCACCUUCAUAUGCGUGGAGUAUAAACUGUACAUCCUGAUGGCCGUUCUGGUGCUGACCGUCAUCACUUACCCCAUAGUGGAAUACCACGAACACAAGAACCCCACACUGCCCGUUGAGGAGGGGACCUACCUGAAUAACAGCAAUGAAGCCAUUCAAAAAGACGAAAACAAGAUCGUUUGCCAGACAGCAAUGUAGAGACUGAUUUCAAGUGUUGUUUUUGUUUGUUUUACAUUCUCGUCUGGCAAUUAAGCUGCUAAAUAUGUGUCUAAUUCUGAUGCAAAAAUGUUCAAAUUACUCUGAAUGAACUUAUAAAUAUGUGAUGAGAAUGAUGAAACUUCAAUCAGAAACUUGUCCACUAGUGUUUGUCUUUAGUGGAAACAAACAAGGCAUUUCACUCUGACAACGCAACGCAAUGCAAUAAUACAUAUUUGAUUCAAUGAUGAGUUUUUGUACCUUUUUUUUUUUUGUGAAAUAUUUUGUAUUGUGUGUCAUUUAUUGUCAGCAAUUAUCAAACCAACACAUUUUACAAUUCCAGUCUUGUUUCAGAUCUUUAUAAAUAUUACUGUAAAUUUUAAGAGUUUAAAAAUGCAAAAUAAAUAUAUUAAUAUUUUAAGCUUUGUGUCAAAAUUCUAUAUAAUUCUUUACAUGCUUUAGUCAAACAUACUGGCGUGUUUGUUGAGGCCAUGGAAGUUCAUUUUUCUGCACAUAAUUAGUUAAUAUAUUGCAAUUUUAGUCGUAUAUUGUUUUUCUUCGUAAUUUUAUAUCAUAAUUAUUUUUGUGUGCUGUCACCACAGUUCACAGUACAUUUCUAACGCAGCCAAUGUGUUUUAGCUCAUAUAGAGAAUUAUUAUCAUUACAGCACUCAAAAAUGUGUCACGAUUUCUUACUUGACUUGUUCCGUCUUUCUAUAUUGUAAUUAAAUCCUCAGGAUUAAGUAAUGCCCAAAGUGUUUGGAUAAUUAUCUGGACUAAGAUUUUAUGUUUUCCCCUCUGUAACCCAGUCUUUGCAUUUAAUGGGUGAUUCAGUGACUCAAGCUAAGUCCAAAAUAAACAACACCAUCAUCUGCAAACUGUCAACAAAACCUUCUUCAAGGUAAUAAAAGAACAUACAGGGACAACAUGCUGCAUUUCAAAUGGUGCUUUUAUUGCAAUGUGUUGCAUUCCCACAUUCAUAGAUGUUAUAGAUUUGUUAGUCAAAGCAUCAUUUCCUCAAGGUUGGCAUCCUCACCUUGGAAAAAAAAAUAAAAAGCAGAGGGAUCAAAUGCACGAGGUGUUUGUGUUUUGAG